CACCAAACCAAACCACCAGGCACCAGAACACUCUCCCCGUCUCCCGUCGCCCCGUCCCGUCAUCUCCUACCCUCUCCCGCGACUAGAGGCCCCCCAAAACCCCACCCCCUACCAUGGAGAUCGCCCGCCGCGCCGCCGCGACGGACUGCCUGGACGACGCCUACCUCCUCCCCGACCAUUCUCCCUCGCACGGCAGAAUGUCGGUGGACGCGCUCCGGCGGGAGUUUGUGAAGGAGAGCAUCCUCCAGGAGAUCAUCCUGGCCGAACUGGCCGAGCGGCGGGAGUUGGAGCCCGAGGUGCGGCGCGAGCUCGGGCUGGAGCACGCCGGUCCCCUGUCCCUGGGCACCCGUCCCGGGCUCCAGCUGACCGCGUCGUCCCACCAUGACACAUCCCCUGUGCGGCAAGGGGCUCAGCUCCACCUCCACAUGCCAGUGUUGCCAGAACCUUGCUUGGUGGAGGGUGUGAUGACACCCGGAGGCGUGCUGGUGCCCAGAGUCUCUGUUAAGGAUCGCAUUGAUGAAUGGUAUCGGACUCCAUGGAACAAAGGGUUUGCAGACGAGGAUAUGUUGAUUGACUGGGCUAGGCUGCCUAAGAAGACAUUCUCUGGGGUGAAGAGGAAAAGGACUGCUGAAACGUCAACAUCAAACAAGAAAAGAUCAUCUGAGAAAUGGAUUUGUUCUCUCUGCCACGUGAAUACAUACAGUGAAGUCUCUUUCGAGGAGCAUUGUGCUGGCUACCGGCACCAGUCAAAUUUAGCAGAGUUUGAAUGGACUAAGGAAGCUGCUGGAGCAAAGAGGAUAUCAACAGCAGAGGCUAGCAUUGGCAUGCAGCACAAUCCAACUGCAUGGAAUUGCAGCAUUUGCCAAGUUAAGUGUUUAGGCGAGUUGGACCUAAAUAAUCACCUAAAGGGCAGGAGGCACCAAGAAAAUGCAGAAGUUUUAUGGGGAGAAAGCAAGGAAAGUGAAGGAAAAAGUGGGUUCAAGGAAGUUGAGCUGUAUGAAAAGAAAGAGGUACAGCUUGUUAACAUGGACCAAAGACCCACCUCAAGAUGGAAUUGUAGCAUCUGCAAGGCUAACUGUACAUCUGAGUCUGACUUGGAGAGCCACCUACGUGGCAGAAGGCACGAGCAGACUGUCAAAGCACAAUCCAUACAAGGCACCAGGCGACCAGCACGACAGUCAGCCUCACAUCUUGGUGGGAAGAACUUGCAGGCAGUGCUCAGUGCAUAUAAUUGGGAUGCAGUUGCAAACAUAGUUGCUAAAGACGAUGUUGCAAUUUGAGGCACGUGUAAAGAACUGAAGGAUUGAAGUGCAUUUCAUUCCCUCCAGUCUUGCUGAUCUCCUGACAUUUUGGGAUCAAAUUGCAGGAAUUUAACUCUUUUGUGGGUAACUACAAUGUAUAUGGUCUGUCGUAACUUGUAGGUAUGGUGUUGUUAUAUUGACAAUUACUAGUUUACUGGAAAUCAGCUUAUAUGGCCACGGCCUCCUCUUUUGCAUAGUAGGCAAUGCCUGGUGGAAGUCCAAGCCUGUUUUUCGUUCA